UAAAUAUUUUAGGUUAUGUUAGGUUAAGUAUAUUAUUUAUUGUUUUUGUGCGUACCAAUUAAAAAUAAACCAAUUAAUGUGUAUCAACAAUAAUAAGCGUGUGAUAAACACAGAUAAAACAUCUCAAACAUCGCGAAUGUAAAUAAAACUUGAUUUAUAAAAGAAACGCCAAGUUUGAUGUGCUUGGUAAUCAUGAAUUUGUUAAUUUCUGUGUGUGUUGCCUGCAGUAUGGCUGCCGUUUCCGGCGAUUUAGUCUGUAAGUAAUGUUUUAUUUUCUAUGUACCUAUGUUCUGAUAAUCAUUUAUAUUGUUGCUUUAAGGUGACUAUACUAUUCCGGAUGUACCUACCGAUUGGAUCCACAUGUCGGAGCAGUGCGUCAACGCAAUGCGAGAACAAAUCGGUUACGAGAUGACCGCUUCGAAUAAAUUCUUAGCAAUGGGGCAUUUUUCAAGGGAUAGUAUAAAUAGGUUGGGAUUCUCGGAUUUCUUCUACGAUUAUGCUGAUGAAGAACGUGAGCAUGGUAUUAGCUUGGCUGAAUAUUUAGUCAACAGGGGUGAAUUGACCACUGGAAUUAACGAUCUCUUUCAAUUAGAAUAUAUUCCGGAUAAAACUGAAUGGACGUCGGUCACAGACGCUCUGGACGAUGGAAUUGUUAUUGAAGGUGAUUUAACUGGGCAUAUACGAAAUGUAAUUGAUGUUUGUGAGCAUGCAGACAAUUUUGAAGAUUAUGCGUUGGAUGAUUGGUUAACGGCAGCUUGGUUGAAGACACAAUAUCACAAUCAGUUCGAAUUAGCUGAUAUGAUAUCGUCAUUAACAAAGAUGAAUGCUUUGCAUCAAAAUCUCGGAGAAUUUUUAGCUGAUGUUGAAUUAUUAUAUGCUGAAGAUGAUGACGAUGACGAUGAUGAUGAUGACGAUGAAGACGAUGAGGAUGACGAUGACGAUGAUGAAUAAUUAUUUAAAAUUAAUUUAAUUGUAUUAACUUAAUAAAAACAAAUAAUAUCAAGAAAUUUGGGUUGCCUACCUUAUGAUAUUGGUUUGAAUCGAAUCUUUUCAUUAAACCAUAGUGUAGAAUUAAUAUAAUGUUGAUAUAUGACAUAUAAACACAUAUAUAAACAUAUAAACAUAUAAAAACAAAUGUACUCCUUAACUAUGCAUUUUCAAGAUUACAAUUAACGUGUUUUCUCGUCGA